UAUAAUUUUGUUGUCUUUGUGUAAAGGAGUGGAGCUCGAUCUCACAUCACUCUUCCCUCUUCCCCGAGUCCUUUCUAAACUCUCCCCCGGGUUUCUACCCUCCCGAACCUCUCCCCUUCUACCCUUACAACCCCAACCCUCCCCCCGGUCACGUAUCAGCACACGACUCAGAUCCAUCUCGGUGACCAAAGACCCCAGUUCUGUACGGACACCAAGGUUGCAGUUAUGGACUCCGGUGUGAUUGAAGGAGGCCUCAAUGUCACCCUUACCAUUAGGCUGCUCAUGCAUGGCAAGGAAGUCGGAAGUAUUAUUGGAAAGAAAGGUGAAUCUGUGAAGAAGAUGAGAGAAGAGAGCGGGGCUCGCAUCAACAUCUCUGAGGGCAAUUGUCCUGAGAGGAUCAUUACUUUGGCAGGUCCAACCACCGCCAUCUUUAAAGCAUUCUCCAUGAUCAUUGAAAAGCUGGAAGAGGACAUAAGCAGCUCAAUGACAAACAGCACAGCUACCAGCAAGCCCCCAGUGACCCUACGCAUUGUGGUCCCUGCCAGCCAGUGUGGCUCUCUCAUUGGGAAAGGUGGCUGCAAGAUCAAGGAAAUUCGAGAGUCAACUGGUGCUCAGGUACAAGUGGCAGGAGACAUGCUCCCCAACUCCACAGAGAGAGCCAUCACCAUCGCUGGUACUCCCCAGUCGAUAAUUGAGUGUGUGAAGCAGAUCUGUGUGGUCAUGCUUGAGUCUCCCCCUAAGGGGGUCACUAUCCCCUACCGACCCAAGCCUUCAGGAUCCCCCGUUAUCUUCGCAGGCGGACAGGCAUAUGCCGUACAAGGACAGCACGCGAUUCCACAGCCAGAUUCUUCCUCUGCUGCUAUCUCUCCACAGCUCACCAAGCUUCACCAGCUGGCUAUGCAGCAGAGCCCCUUCCCCAUCGCACCAAGCAACCAGGGAUUCACUGGGAUGGAUGCUUCUGCUCAAACCAGUUCCCAUGAGAUGACCAUUCCAAAUGAUCUUAUUGGGUGCAUCAUUGGCCGCCAGGGAGCCAAGAUCAACGAGAUCAGGCAAAUGUCGGGUGCCCAGAUCAAGAUUGCAAAUCCAGUGGAUGGAUCGACUGACCGCCAGGUCACCAUCACAGGCUCACCUGCCAGCAUCAGUCUGGCGGAGUACCUCAUCAACGCCAGGCUUUCCUCUGAGGCCACAGGACUGGCAGCCAACUGAUAAGACACUGCAUCUGCACUAAAUCUCACUUUUAUAUCAUCGGCCACCAUAAAGCAGUCAAUGCAACUAUCCAACUUAAGAGUUUAUAUAUUAUUGCUGCCUCUUCCUCAUUUUGAAAAUCAUGUCAACCGCCACUGAUUUGAUCCGCUGAGUUCAUUAUUUAUUUCAUUUGUUUUUUGGUUUUAGUCGAAAGAAGCAAACAAUUAGGUUUUUAAUUCCCCCUUUUGAGUCGAGUUGGAGGUUUUAAUGAUUUGUUAUUAGACUUUUUUUUUUUUUAUUAUUAUUAUUAUUAUUAUUAUGGAUCCCUUGCUCUUUUCCCCUUCUUUCUUUGUUUGCCACCACAGAUGAGUAGAGUUGGAAAACUCUGAAUAGGCAUAUAGAUUUAGUUCUGUACAGUCAGUUUUUUUCUUUAAAAAGAAAAAGACAAAAAAGGAAAAAUUAAAAAAAAGUAUCAAAAAUAAGAAUAGAGUGACUGUUUUAUUCUGUUUAUAUAUACACGCCCUACCCCUCCUCUUUUCCUCACCCAGUUCCACAAAGUCGGUCUGUCCAUUUUAUGUCCAUACUCACUUGCUUUAAAUAUACACAGCAUUCUCCCCCUUUGUCACCUUUUCAAUUUGAAGUGCUUGUAACAUGGAUUACACUCGUGUCACUGAGGAGAAUACGUAGCUGUACAACGCACUGUCACCGAUUUAUAUUUGGUUAUGACGACAAAUGUUCUAACGCUCACGAUUGAAUUUAUCCAGAUGAUUUAAGAUGUGUAUGACUACGCAUGUCACUUUUCCCCUCCUCUACAUGUCAUUCCUGUUUUUCCCCUCUCCUAGUCCUGAGAUCAUGUGUUGAUAUUUUGCUGGGAUGGGAGGUUUUUGGGGGAUCGGGGCUUGGCUCUAGGGAUCGGAAGCAGAGGGUUCUCCUCGCUUUUUUUGUAAAGACUGAUAUAUACUAAAAAAAAAUAAAAAAAAUGUUGGAAUAUUUGUUUUAAACGGAGGAAAUAUUUUUUUUUAAACUACCAAAGGGGGAUUAACUCCUGGACACUGACUGAUCUGUCUAUUAAAUGUGAUGAGGCUGAGAACUGAAAUCAUUGAAGCUCUGGAACUAGACAAAGAAAAGGGUUGUGAGUUUAACACUAGUUUCCUGCUCUUUGCUUUGCUCAAGUCAAGAAAAUUAUUUUAUUUUUUAUUUGCAGGAAAGAAAAAAAAAACUUUUGUGCACGUUUUUUGAGACUGUAGACCUGGGUGCCACAACAUUGUUUAAAAAAUACAGAAAUAAAGAUGUGAAAUGCUCAAACCACAA